AUGGCUGAGCUUGAGCCUUUUCACUGCGUUCACGAGAACAGACCAUGUCACCACAAAGACUUUGUCUGUACUUCACAACGGGAGUAUUCCAAUUUUUCAACCGGCAUAGAAGAAAAGGCUAUCUCUUUUGAGUAUCAGUGCGACUUUGAAUGGAGAGAAUAUGCAAAUGAGGUGCAGUACAAUUCAGUACCAUGGACAGCGCCCUCACAAAACAAGCGUUUCAACAAACUUAGAGAAUCUGGUCAAGAAGUGGAAAUUAGCUACGAUGAAGAAUCGGAGACGGUUUUCACUUGCCAGGAAGACGACAUAAAUUGCCGAGAAGACAAUUUAGACCCACCGGAGGAGUGUAACAAGGACAGCAUGAGUCUGAGUUCUUCCAGCGAUUUCCAAGAACCUGUCCCUGAAUUAUCGAUGCUGUCCGAUGACGAUUUCUCGUCAGAGUCAUCAGGGACAUCCGUGGAUUAUGGUUUCAUAAGUGCUGUGACGUUCUUGGUCACCGGCAUUUCUUUAGUCGUGCUCUCCUACACUAUCCCCCGUGAUGUAAAAGUCAGCCCGGACAGCGUUUCAGCACGGGAAAUGGAAAGAUUGGAACUGGAGAGUGCCCGAGUGGGUGCCCAUCUGGACAGAUGUGUGAUUGCGGGGCUAUGCCUUCUCACCCUAGGUGGUGUCGUACUCUCAACCCUACUGAUGAUUUCUAUGUACAAAGGGGAAAUGGUAAGGAGACAGGCUUUUGCAUAUUCUCGGCAUUCUGCCAAACUUUAUGGCUCCAUCAAUUUUAGAGGUGCUGGAAGCCCAGCUGCUGCAUCAUCACAUUUGUCACUUGAUGAAGAUGACACACCCAUCCAAGUUCCCAGCUGA